AAAAAUAAUCAGCCGUUGAUUCUAUUUAACGAACUUCUCUUUCUCCUUCUCUCAGAUCUCAUUUCCCGAGAAAAAAAGCUUUUUUUGUUUCUCUCCGUCGUCUUCUACCGGAGAGAAAACACCGCCGCCGCCACUGCCUACGGUUUAUUAGGAUCAAGCUCAAACCUUGAAAUCAAACCAUUAAGAUCCAAAUCGUGUUGCUUGAUUGUGGGUUUCAGGUGGAUUGUAUUUGACAUGGAUUAGGAAAGAAAAAGGAGGAAUCUUUGUCUUCUCCAGAUUGUUUUGGAUUUUGGGUAUACUUUCCAUAUCUCUGUUGUGGUGGAUCUGUGUUAUGGAUACGAGUCGUGGAGAGGCUAAAGAGGCCAACGGAUUUGAGAAUCAUAAGGCUAUUGUUGAGGUUCAAGUCUGUGAGGAGGAGGAGGAAGAAGAAGAAGAAAGUGAGUCACAGUGUUUGUUGCCUCCUCCUAGGAAAGGAGGGAUGUCUACAAGUAGUGACAAGAUUAAGAGGACUGUGCAGUGGACUGAUAACAAAGGAGACAAUCUUGCUGAGGUUUUAGUUUAUGAACCAAGUGAAGUAAGCGAUUCAGAUGACGAUGAUUCAGAUGCUUGCAUCUGCGCCAUUAUCAACCAGUAUUUGUGAGAGGAUAAGCGAGUGGACAUCACCAAUCACGAAGUUUCAGAUUUUUUUGCUCAGGACUUCUGACAAGAAGCCAGUCCAAAAGAGGGAUUGUCACAUAUCAGUUACAGGAGAGAGAGUAUAUAGAUUAUAGAUUACUGCUGUAUUGAUCAAUAGAGGCUGAUCUUCAAGCCGAAGAUCAUUGAGUGCUGUUUGAUUUUUUCAGGUUUAGAUAGUAAACGUGUUUCCGCAACAUUAAUCUUAUAUAUUAAACAAAAGUCACAAUCUUGAUUCA